AUUGAUAUUUUCCCCUGGGUUUGGAGGAUUUUGCUGGAAGAGACAACCUACCAGUUGUUGGCUACAGAGAGGAGCAGAUUGGGAUCUCAGCAACGCAACAGAAUCAUUUGUAGUAUCGAUGUUUUUGAUUCAACACUCUAUCGUCUCUCCCAUUUCUCAGAUUUUUAACCUUCAGACUUCCUCUCCUCCGGGUAUUUCCAAAAUCUAUUUGUUGUUCACAGUUUGCGUUUCGCCUUCUUUUUUCUGCUCUGCUAUUCCUGAACUGUAAUGUCUCUGAACCUUUGGCUGUUUCGUCAGAUCUUCUUCAUUGCCCUUGCUUUUUGUUCAAAACUGUGAUUUGGGUUUUCUUCGUUUAUCUAACCUGGGUUCUGGAAUUCAGUUUUCUGGAUGCUGGCUGUUUCUAUGUUACCUUUCUAUGAUUGUUUUUUCUAUGUAUUGAAGAUUGUGAUGCUUUCUUUUCUUUUGGGUUGAAAUCUCCAUAAUUUUGUUUGUGGGUGUUUGUAUUUUUUUGAGUUCUGAUUUUGCGAAAAUGAUGGUGCUAUAGCUAUACCCCCCCCCCCCCUUUUUUGUUUUUGUUUCAGAAAAUGAUGUUAUUGCAGCUGUAAUUUAGAUUCUGCGUGAGCAAUUCUAGCAGCAGAUGCUUCUGAACACUCGCUUUGUGCUGAUGAACUGAUGAUGAAGAACACUUACAUGCUUUCGUGAAACUGCCAACCAGGAGAAGGGCACUUAUUAUUGCAUCAACACGCAACAAGCUGCCUUUUACGUGUGCUUCCUAGUGGGACCUUAAAAGAAGUUUAAUGGGUUCCAGAUUCCCAUCUCAUCAGCUCAGCAAUGGCCUUUAUGUAUCAGGGAGGCCAGAACAGCAGAAGGAAAAGGCUCCCACCAUGAGCUCAACAGCUAUGCCUUACACUGGUGGUGAUAUCAAGAAGUCAGGAGAACUGGGGAAAAUGUUUGUCCUCCCUGCGGAAGGGUCUAAAUCAAGGAAAUCUGGACCUAUUACCGGUGCUCCUACAAGGACUGGAUCUUUCGGAGCUGCUGCUUCAUAUUCAGGACCUAUCAUGCCUAAUUCUGCAGCUCGAACUAACUAUUCCACAACGGGAUCUGUAUCUUCUGUGGGAAUUUCUGGAUCAGCUUCAAUGAAGAAGCAAACUUCUGGACCAUUGAACAGACACGGGGAUCCUGUAAAGAAAUCAUCUGGCCCUCAAUCUACUGGAGGGAUGGUUACUGCCCGCCAAAACUCUGGCCCUCUUCCACCAGUACUUCCUGCUACAGGUCUUAUUACAUCUGGGCCUAUUUCUUCAGGCCCAUUAAAUUCUUCUGGAGCCCCUCGGAAAGUAUCUGGUUCUUUAGAUUCUAUGGGAUCAGUCAAACUACAAAGUUCAUCUGUUGCUCACAACCAGGCGAUAACUAUUCUUACACAAGAUGACGAUUAUUCAUUCAAGAGGAACUUCCCAAAACCAAUAUUGUGGUCUAUGAUUCUACUCUUUGUGAUGGGAUUCAUUGCAGGUGGAUUUAUUCUUGGAGCUGUCCAUAAUGCCAUUCUUCUCAUUGUUGUUGUUGUUCUGUUUGGCACCAUAGCUGCACUAUUCACUUGGAAUACUUGCUGGGGCAGAACAGCUAUAAAGGGAUUCAUUGCUCGUUAUCCUGACGCUGAGCUUAGAACUGCAAAAAAUGGGCAAUAUGUGAAGGUCUCUGGGGUUGUUACCUGUGGACAUGUGCCUCUUGAGUCAUCCUACCAAAAAGUUCCGAGGUGUGUCUAUACCUCUACAAGUUUAUACGAAUAUAGAGGAUGGGAUUCUAAAGCUGCCAGUCCUACGCAUCGCCGUUUUACAUGGGGACUCAGAUCAUUGGAAAGUCGCGUGGUUGACUUCUACAUCUCUGAUUUCCAGUCUGGGUUGAGGGCAUUAGUUAAGGCUGGCUAUGGCGCAAGGGUAACUCCCUAUGCUGAUGACUCUGUUGUCAUUGAUAUCAACCAGGAAAACAAGGAGUUGUCUCCUGAAUUUGUUAAGUGGUUGGGGGAGAGAAACCUCUCGAGUGAUGAUCGUGUAAUGCGCUUGAAAGAAGGGUACAUCAAAGAAGGAAGCACAGUGAGUGUAAUGGGAGUUGUUCAGAGGAAUGACAAUGUGCUUAUGAUUGUUCCUCCAUCUGAAGCAUUCACAACGGGUUGCCAGUGGGCAAAAUGCAUCCUUCCGGCCAGCCUUGAGGGAAUCGUUUUGAGUUGCGAAGACACAUCGAAGAUUGAUGUCAUACCAGUGUAAAGCAAGAAGUACCUGAAAGUUCAAAGUUGGGUCGUUAACCCACUCAGAUCACCAACACAGACAAGAUAAGGGCAUCCUAACUCAGGGAGCAGUCAACCAAGACAAUCUCUCUCUGUUUUUUUUUAAUUGAUAACCCAGAGACUCCAGCCUCAAGCUGAUUCUUCAGACCUUCAUGAGUGACACCAACUCUGCAAGUUAGAGGAGACCCCACUCCUCUUCGUCAAGUAAAUCAGGGUUUAAUCCCGCAUAUAACUCAGCAGCGGCCAUCCAACCGGUCUUGUUUUAUCAUCCAAUGGUUUGGAAGUAGGGCCUAGAGAUCAACUUGGCAGUGGAAACUCGAUUCCUUGCAUUGCAGUACAUAGGCAUUCCAUAUAAAGCAAGCCUAGUAUAGAAGAACAUAUCAAGCAUCACAUUGCAUUUUUCACUGUUUGGUACUCUUUGAGGCUAGAAUUUGGUUCUCUUGCACCCUCCUUGGUUGCUCUUUCUUUUUUAACCUUUAUAUAGUGUAGUAAAACUUUCGUCUAAAAUUAUUGUUCCUUAUUAAAUCAUUGCAACUAA